CACUCUUUAAACCUCUUGUUUCUUUCCUUUGCCCCAGUCAGCAGAAAUGAGGAUGAUUUCCAAAACACCAUUAGUGUUCAUUAUCUCUCUUCUAUUGCUGGUUAAUGUCCAUGGUCGCUAUCUACUUCCAAAUCAUGCUUCUGAAGAAUUAGUUUCAGAUGGAGUUGAAGAAGUUGAUGAUCAUAGUGUUCACCCCAACACAACUUCUUCUUAUUUGCUACUCAAAGGAAUUGAUGAAGAUCAUAACUGUGACCAAAUUUACGGAUUUCUGCCAUGCACAAACAACAUAUUUGGGAAUCUCUUUCUAAUUUUGGUGUAUGGAUACAUCCUUUUUCAUGGAGAAUCGUAUCUGAGUAGAGGGACUCAACGAAUCUUCAAGAUUCUUGGCCCUGGUAUCUUUGGUGCUACAGUUUUUAACAUCAUUCCUGCUCUUCCAGAGUCCUUGAUUCUUCUUGUUCCAGUACUACUUGUGAAGAAUGGAAAGAUAGCAGAAGAAUAUGCUAUGAUUGGAAUUGGAUCAUUGGCUGGAUCAUCAAUCUUGCUUCUGACUAUAGUUUGGGGAACAUGUGUUAUCACUGGCAGCAAAGAUUUUGAGCACAAUGAAGAGUCUAACUCAUCAUCAUCAUCAUCAUCAUCAUCAUUACCUACAACUCUCAAAUCUUUAUUCACUAGUCAUGGCAUUACUAUAGAUUUGGAGACAAAACAAGCAGCAAGCAAUUUGUUAGGUUCAACAAUUUUAUUACAAUUAUCUUAUGGGACAACAACUCUGCAAUCCAUAAUUGGUCUUAUCUUUGCUUCCCUUCUUCUCUUCUUUUAUUUUACUAAACAGGUUUUUGAACCUUGGCGACAGAAAAGAAGAUUGGAAUACUUGAAACAUGAUGAUUUAAUGUUAAGAAUACUAAGUUUUGUAGAAAAGAAUACUCUACAAAGGAUACUCACCAAGAAUGGGACUCCAAAUGUGAGUGCCAUUAGAAGAUCAUUACAACUUUGUAGGUUGUACAAGGAAAUAGAUGAAGAUAGGAGCAGUGGCAUAUCAGCUUCUGAACUAAGAGAUCUAUUGCUACAAAACAAAGUAACAGACACAAGUAUUGACGAGGAGAAAGAAAUAGAAGAGGUAUUGAAAUUUUUUGAUCAUGGUCAUGAUCAAAUGAUAACCAAGGAUGAGUUUGUUGUUGGCUUUGCAAAGUGGCUUGAUCAAACAAAGCAUGAUUUGGAUAAAGAGUAUCUUUCAAGGAAAUCAAUGAAGGACUUAUAUGAGGUUUUUGGGCCAUGGACUGAAAACAAAAGAAAAGAAAAAGAAGGGAAGAAACAAAUCAUAUCUGAAAUAUUAAGGCAUGUUCAGAAUGAUAUGGUUGGAAGCCUUCUCAGAAAUGAUGGAAAACCUGAUGAGAUUGCCAUCAAAAGGUUGUUCGAAAAAAUUGACCGCAACAAAGACAACUGCGUCUCGCAAUCUGAACUGAAAGAACUAAUGAUGAACAUCACAUUUGUUAAAGCAUCAAUGGAAGUGGAGAAGGCAGUUGCUUUAGUCAUUGAUGAACUUGACCAUGACAUAGACCAGAUAAUCAAUGAGGAGGAAUUUGUUGCUUUGUUUGAGAAAUCACUUAACAAAAUUUCAAGUCAUGCUCCUUUUUCUGAUUCUGACUCUGAAGAAGAUAUAUAUCAAGCAUGGGAAGAGGCAGGCAUGGUGGUGGAAAAUAAGGAAAGCAAAGCAGUAGUAGAUAAAUCAAUAUGGGGAAGGUUGAUGGCCACAACAAAUGUGGUGCUAGGAAUUGUUAUUAUAUGCAUUGUGGCACAACCGCUUAUGGAAAGUGUCAGAAAAUUCUCCAACAGUUUAGGAGUUCAUGCUGCCUUUGUCUCAUUUGUUCUAGUCCCCUUGGCCAUAAAUGCAAGGGAAGCAACUACAGCAAUUAAAAAAACAAGCUAUAAGAAUUCUAGGACUAUUUCUCUUGCUAUUUCUGAGAUAUAUGGAGGGGUUCUCAUGAAUAACAUUGUUGGAUUUUUUGCUAUCUCCAUUAUGAUCUAUGUCCGACAAGUCACUUAUGUAUUCCCAUCAGAAUUGAUGGUCGCUACACUUGUUUGUCAGAUAAUAAGCGUUAUUUUAGGUUGUCACUACACUUUCUCUCUAUGGUCAUGUGUAUAUGCUUAUUUUGCAUAUUUUUUCUCCUUGGUUUUGAGUUUUUGUAUUUAGUCCAUGUUUACAAUGAUUAAUUGAGCUUUACUACACUUGUUAAGAUUAUUAAUGUAAAAAAAUUAUAUUAAAGGUUUUUUAAGAAUUAUUGAUA